AUGUGGCGCGACCGCACCAACCUAUAUAUUUCGUACCGACAGUCGUAUGCGCACCACCCUACACAGCGAAACAAGUAUGGCGGAAGCGCUUCUGGUACUGGUGCGUUUUCGGAUGCGUACUCAACCAGCAAUUAUGCCGCUGAGGAUCGGCGCGGCCUGCUCUCGGGCGGCGCAUUCGAUGACGAUGGCGACGCUGUAAUCGAGAUGGAUUUGCUUCCACCUCGAUGGGCAGACGUAUCGGACGAAAUUACCGACCUUCUUUCCGAUAUUGUAACAAAGGGGCAGCGUUUGGAGAAGCUGCAUCAAAAACAUGUGUUGCCUGGAUUCAACGACGAUGAAGCGAAACGAACCGAGGAGGCACAAAUUGAGAAGCUUACCCAAGAGAUUACAAAGGGCUUCCAUGACUGCCACAGAUGUAUUCAGCGUGUGGAGCAGAUGGUCCGCGAAUCGAAGCAAUCUGGGACUAUCAGCCGUGCUGAAGAGACCAUGGCCAAGAAUAUACAGAUCUCUCUAGCUACGAGGGUGCAGGACGCCAGUGCGAACUUCCGCAAGAAACAGAGCGCAUACCUCAAGAAGCUUCGGGGCAUGGCUGGAUUGGGACAACCAACGUCAGACGGUCGAUCAUCCUCACCAGCAAUUGGAUCAUACAGCGACCCUUCGAUGCAGGAAUCUGAUGCCGACAGAUCUUUUUCGCAAUCCACACUUCAAGUCACUCAACAGAGACAACUCACAUCAAACGACGCAGUCAUAGCCCAACGAGAACGCGAGAUCGAGGAUAUAGCUCAGGGAAUCAUUGAACUAUCGGAUCUCUUCCGCGACCUUCAAAACAUGGUCAUUGACCAGGGCACUAUGCUUGACCGUAUCGAUUACAAUGUUGAACGCAUGCAUACAGACGUCAAGGGUGCUGAGGUCGAGCUCAAAGUUGCGUCUGGAUACCAGAAAACGACGACAAAGCGCAAAAUUAUCCUGUUGCUCAUCAUAUUGAUAGCUGGCUUGUUCAUUGUGCUUUUGGUGAAGCCCAAAAAAACCAGUUGA